AAUCACAAAGUCUGUCUUUAGUUCAGCUGAAAAUAUUAGUUUUUGUCUUUUUAUUGACCAAACUUUUCAGGAAGUAGAUGAAGAAUAGUUAAAGUUCUCAUCUAGAAGUCAAACUUAUUUUGGAUCCUUGCAGAGAGUUUAAUCUUCGAGUUUGUAAAGCUGUUGAGUUUUUAGAGUCACAUGGAUUGUUUUGACAUUUACAAACGGAGUCCUGAAAUAAAAUUGCAGUUGCGGAUUUCUGUCAUUUAGUCUGGACUAAACAAAUAACAGCAGCAUAAAUCUCAAACGUCAUUAUGAGGAGUCUGGAUUGAGGUUUCUCACUUGAUAAUGAUCAAAACAUGACAUUUAGGUUGGUUUAAAGGAAUAUUCCACCUUAAAUCUUUGAAUGUUGACCUAAAAGGUUGGUUUCAGGAAGCAUUCCACCUACAAGGUCCUCACACAUCGACCGUAAAAAAAAAAACAUUCCACCAAAAAUCCCUGGACAUGCACCUAAAAUGUUGGUUUAACCGAUUAUUCCAUCCAAAAUCCUCAAAGAGACCUGAGGGGCUGGUUAAAAGGAAUAUUCCACCUAAAACCUCAACUAGGGCAGUAUGUGUAGCAGCGACAACCGAAAGAGGUCCGCGCUGGGUGGAAGAACAGCGUCUGAGCGGCAGCUCCCUUUCUGCUCUUACCUUAUUCACUAAACUCAAGCGUCAUGGAGGACUUGAGUAGUUGACGUUUCCUGCUGCAACCUUCUCUUUUUCAGCUUUCUUCCACGUCCGAUCACUCCAGACCCGGUUUUUGUUGACGUUUUUGACCCUUUUACCGAGCUUUGACCAAUCUGAGAACAUGAAGUAUAUCAUCGACAUUGAUGGCGUAACCAAUGGAGGGAAAACCACCCUCACCAACCGCCUGAUCAAGAACCUGCCUAACUGCUGCGUGGUGCAUCAGGAUGACUUCUUCAAGCCCCAAGAUCAGAUUAAAGUUGGUGAAGAUGGCUUUAUGCAGUACGAUGUCAUCACUGCUUUGGACAUGGACGCCAUGAUGAGUACGAUCUAUGCGUGGCUGGAGAACCCGGUGAAGUUUGAGAAGUCUCAUGGCGUUAAUAACACCCUGGACACAGAGAUCGUCCCGAAGUCCGACCAUAAGGAGGAGGAGACUCACAUCCUCAUUGUGGAGGGCUUUCUGCUUUACACCCACAGGCCUUUGAACGACGUGCUAAACCAACGUUACUUCAUUUCCAUCCCAUAUGAAUAAUGCAAAAAGAGGAGGUGCUCUAGGAAGUCCAUGGUGCCAGACCCCCCGGCCUGUUUGAUGGCCACGUCUGGACCAUGGACCUGCAACACAAGAACAUCUGCUCACUGUGAAAGAUUAUUGAGAGCAGCUUUUGUGAU